CCGCAAAUCUUCUCCUGUACAUUACACACACUUAUUACUUAAUACUUGGUACACAUAAUUUUCAACUUAACUGUUAAUUUCUUUAAUAUUCCUAUUGUUUUGAUUAAUUAUUGGUGAAUUAAACUGAGUAGAAUAAUUACAUUUCUUUCAUAUACAGUACAUACAUUUUCUUAUCAUUAUGGUGGCAGCCUCCAAAAAAACCAUCAACAGUAUAGGUACAGUUUUGGCAAACGCAAAAUUGCCAAUGAAAGAACGUUUCCGUGCAUUGUUUACUUUAAAAAACCUUGGUGGUAAUCUGGCUAUUGAAAAUAUUUCUAAAUGUUUUACCGACAAAUCGGUUUUGUUGAAGCACGAGUUGGCAUAUUGCUUAGGACAAAUGAGAGAUGAAUAUGCUAUUCCAUAUUUAAUCGAAGUACUUAAAGAUGUCAAACAAGAGCCUAUGGUUCGUCAUGAAGCUGCUGAAGCACUUGGAGCAAUCGGUAAAAAAGAUGUUGUACCAAUUUUAGAAGAAUAUAGAAAUGAUCCUGUUGUAGAGUUAGCUGAAACAUGUCAAUUAGCUUUAGGAAGGCUUUUGCUUUCAAAAAGUGAAGCAAAUAUUGAAAAUAUUUAUGGAUCUGUUGAUCCUGCUCCUCCUUCAGAAAUAAAAAGUUUAGAAGAACUUGAAAGAAUUCUUAAUGAUGACAACGAAAACCUUUUUAAUAGAUACAAAGCAAUGUUUUCACUGCGAGAUAUUGCAUCGCCUGAAAGUAUUGUUAUACUUUCUAAAGCAUUAUCCCGUGGAAGUGCAUUAUUUAAACAUGAAAUUGCAUUUGUUUUGGGACAAUUACAAUCGCCUCUUAGUGUACCAUAUUUAAAAGAAUCAUUAACAGAUGAAUCUCAAAAUGAUAUGGUCCGACAUGAAUGUGCUGAAGCAUUAGGUGCAAUUGCAACUGAUGACUGCUAUGAUAUAUUAAAAAAAUAUCUAAAUGACCAAAAAGUAGUUGUCAAAGAAAGUUGUGAAGUAGCAUUAGAUAUGUGUGAUUAUGAAAACUGUUCUGAUUUUCAGUAUGCUGACACUCUUGAAAAAGUUACUUCAUAGGUUUUUAAUUUAUGA